AUGUCCGAUGUUCACAAGUACGAACAGCAACAGAACGAGACCCUGGCCAAGAGACGCAAGACCGGAGCUCAUGUUCCACAACAAGGUGCCGAACAUUCGCUCAAUGACCACGUUGUGCAGGUCACCGACCAGCAAUCUCUCGAACUUCGGACCUGCCUGGGCAUCCUGUGGCCGGAGAACGUUUAUGAGUCCAAGUUUGGCCAAAAGCCGAACCCCAAGCAGAUCACCAAGAUCAAACAAGGGGGCACCUCCCUCACAGGAGUGCUUCUUCCGAGAUCCGAAGGGCUUGAGCCUGGAUGCACCGAAGUCUUCGACGUGAAGCAGUCGGCAGCAACGAAUGUGGUCACAACGGCCGAUGCAAACACAGCGAUCAAUGCGAAGGAGAUGACGGGCGCUUGGGAGCGUGCCCGUGACAUGCACAACUUCGCCACGCGUACCAAGGCCGAGACAGAGAAUUCCCCAGAGGUGCACACUCUGGCCCAAGCUGGCAAGCGGAAAAGGGUCGACGAGUUUGAUGACCUGAUGGAGUUUGAUUACGGCAUGCUGAGCAUCGAAGGAGCCGGCGAUGAUGACGACGGCAAGGCCGGUGGCAAGGGGCGCGGCAGAAAGGGCAGAGGCAGCAACGGUGGUGGCAAGCCCAGGCCAAAACCGAAGCCUGCGCCUGCGCCUGGGGGUGACAAUGCCCCUAACCCGUCGCCAGAGAAGCCUGCCAACAAGAGCGAGGCGAAGGUGGCCAAAGAAGUGCAAGCCUCGGAGCGGGUUCUGUUGGAGGGCAAGCAGAUCCUAGAGAACUUGCAGUGCAGUGACCGACUGCAGAUGGUCAAGACCAAAGCGCUUCAGACUGUUGCCGACAAGGUGAAGAAUCGACUGACGCCGUCGUUGGUGGGGGUAUAUACUUUGAACUAUGACCCCACCGCAUCCUCCAGUGCCAAUGCUGCUUCGCCGGGAAUGCGUGUCCUUGAGGAACUCAGGGCCUUGCAAACCUCGCUUGCCAGUGUUACCGCACUGGUGACGGCCCUGAACGAUGAGAAGUCAACAGGGCGGGACAUAUGGGAGGCAGCGAAAGCUGCAGGGGAUUACAAAAUCCCGGCCAAGCUGAUGGAGAUGGCCCUUUCACGGGACAUCGAUUCUGCUGCCAGGACCAGCGAUGUGGACAAGUUGAAGGUCUUGUUGGGUGCGAAUGCCGGUGGAGGAGCCGGAGAGGGUUUCAAUGCGUCGCUGAUCGAGGGUGACGCAGUCAGACUUGCAUUCUUGGACAGGGAGGUGAUUCGGCUUAUUGCCGAACUCCUCCGAGAGGACAACAAAGCCGCGGCUGUGAAGUCCCUCCUCGAGGCAAUCUUGAAGGAAGGCCUCCUGCCGGAUGAGUCUUCGAUCAAAGGUGAGCUGACAAAAUUGCAGCCGCUGUUGGACCCCAUGAACCAAGACGUGCUUGCCUUGGAUGACCUCAAAGCGUUGCUGCAAGACUUCCGCUGCAACAAGGAUUUGAAGCUGCACAAGUGCCUCAACAACUUCAGCACCGGCCUCCAAAUCUUGGAGGCGGCGUCCCUUGCUUACGACAGAAGGGUCAAAGACGUGGCUCUCGAGAGCCGCCUCACGGAGCUGAGGACUAAAGUGUCGGAGGAGCCCGACUUCAAGGCCGACGAGUACUUGGAGCAGUUGCUGGCCUUCUGUUCGAAGUACGAGAAAGCCGCUGACGAGAUGGCAGACAUCCGGAGGACUGCCAGCACGGAGUUCAUCGCCCGUGCGGUUGACAAGCUUGGGUUUGUCGACAAGAAGAUUCAGGCAUACGCGCAAGCUGUCUGCAAGCGGGGUGAGGAGAGCGCGUGCGAUCGCUUGAGCAAGGCCUGCCAGUUCCUGCUGGAGGUGUCGGAGGGCCAGAUCGCUGGUGGUGAGUUGGAGCAGAAGGUGAUCGUGAUGGAGAGAAUGUGCAGAGAAUUGAGCCAGGAGAUCGAGGAAAAGAGUGACCUCACGUUGGCUAAGGUGCUGGAUGUGGAGAGUCUCAAGAAGCCGAGGGCAGAGUUGGAAAUCUACAACAACGUGGCACGCAUCCUCCGCAGCAACUGCCGGGCAUUGCUUGUGGGCUGUCCUCUGGACUGUGCUGAUAUUCCCGAACACCAGCAGGCACUUGUGGAGUUGCUUGGGCAGCCUCCGCAGCAAGUGGAAUCGGUGCAAGGCUUUGCUGCCUUCAAGGAAACGGCCAUCUCGAAAUUUCACUUUAUGGUGGAGACGGCUUUGGUGGAGACACUGAAACCCGUCACGAAGGUUGGCUUUGUAAAGACGAUAGUUCGGUCUUUGCUUCUCUGCGAGCCGGAUGUUGCCAUCGACCCUUCCGCUCUAGAAGCUGAUAUCAGCACGAAGGAGAUGUCUGAGGCCGGCGACAAGACUCUGGCCUUGCUUAAGAGCAUGGCAGCCUGGAAGGACCGUAACUUCGGAGGGCUCGCGGCGGCCAUCCUGGCUGAUUCGGACGGCAACACCUUCAAUGUGCCACUUUGGUUGGUCUGCUACCUGCCGGCAUUCUGCAAAAGCAUCACCGAGGUGAAGGCCAUUGCCCGCAAGAAAGACUCCAUCAUCAGUCCCGAUGCGGAGAGGGAUGAGGAGGACAUCUAUGAGGAGUUUGCCACGGCCAUCUUGAAAGCGAAGACGGCGGCCGACGAUGUGCUUUGCAGCCUGCGUGGGUUCGAGGAGCCGGACUCCCAGCAAGGCAUGAAGAUGAUGGUCAUGCAGAAGUUCGAAAGCGGAACGGUGAAGGCCAUGAAGCAAUUGGCGUCAGGCUUGUGCAGCAGUCUCCUUGCGGAGACGACGCGUGCGCAGCAGCAGAUCGACACCCUCCUUGCCAAGCAAGAGUUGUCAUCAGUUCGCAGCAGUUUGCAGCAGGGCUGUGAUCAGGUAACCUUGAACUCACUUUUGCCCAUUGCGCAGAGUGCGGACACGAAGCAGCUGCAUCAGGAGGUCAAGGGUCAAGUCGUUGGAAUCCGCGACGGAAUCCAUCAAAGCUUUGACAGUGCUGAGCGAGUUGAUCCCGGACGACAUUUCGUCGCUCGUCAUCGACGAAGCCAAGUUCACGUCGGCUCGCACCCUGAUUUGCGAGCUGGCUGCUGUGCAGGGGCUAACCCGCCCGCUCCGCAAGGACGAGACACGUGGCCAUCUUGCGAGGCGUGCUCGAUUGAUGAUCGUGUCGAAGAAUAUCAGCGUAGAGAAGAAUCUGGACCUGCUGCUCAAUAA